AUAUUUUGAUCUAAAGAAGAUGGAUACCUCAGAGGUUACCGGAGAACUUCCAGCGAUUUCGCCAACCCAUGACACACCAGCUGUAACUGCUGUUGAUACACCUUCGACGUCCAAUCCGUCAGCUACGCCAGCUUUUCCAUCGUCGUCUGAAACAGCCACGACUUUAGCAGAAGGAACGAUAAAUGAAGCUGGCCCACAGACCUCAGAAAAUAUGACUUCUAUACAAGAAAAAGAAUUGAAUAGCCACCAGAAAUCCUGUAAAAAUGAUGGUGUCUUCGUGGAACUCAAGACAAAUGUCAACAAACUGACAACGUCUCAAGCUGAGCUGUAUAUUCAGCAUCUUCAAAUGGCAAGAAAACAAGAUCAAAUCGAAGUGAGACAAGAUGAGACGAAGAAAGCUCUUGACGAGAUGAAAAAAACCCAAUCAGGAAUUAACGAGAAAGUUGAGGAAAUGGAGGUGACGAAAGAGCGACUGGAAAGAGUUGAAGAAUUGUUACUCAAUCAUUUAUCACAAAUAGAUAUUAACACUGUUCACAAUAAUAGUGCUCAUGCAAUUGACCCCACAAUUUCAGCCAAGAAACAAGACGUUAUUAUCAUUGGCGGUGACUAUAGCGAUGAAGACAUCCGUCCUUUGGAUAUGUUGAAAUAUUACAGUAUUAGCUGA